ACUUUUUUGUUCCAUCGUUUGGUCAACUCAAUUCCUGCCAUUUUUAUUUAUCCCGACUUUAAAAUGACUUUUUCUUCUUUUGUUCGUCGCGCUGCUCGGGCUUGCAUUCCCGGACAAAAACGCCGUGCUGCCCGAGAGGCUCAUCUUAUUGCCCUAAAUAUGCAGCUAGAGGAAGCCCAACAGUCCGCCAAAGCUUUUUCCAACAUGGCCCGCAAUAUGGCUGCCAACUUUGAACGCUCGAUGGAUAGAGCCAAGAAGUGCCAUGAGAUGGAACUCGCCAAUACUAUUGAAACUCUUACCCAGGAGUCCCGCAAAGGCCUGCAGGAGGCUAAAGCCAAGCACACAAGGGGCCUGCAGGUUGCCAAGGACCGGAUGCAAAUGGUAGUUGAUCAAGCAGCCAAGGACAAGAUUGAACUCCAGGCUGAGAUAGUCCAAAUUCGCGAUAACAUCAAGAACGUCAAGGACAAGAUGGCAGUAGCAGUGAAUUCUGCCCCAGAAGUCCCCGCGCUGGCGUCAAGGGGAUCCGAGAACACCUUGGUCCAGUCCGAGACUGUCAUGGACGCUGCAGAUACCUCCUCCACGCUUCUCAAGCACACCUACCAGGAGUCUGCCAAGAGAUACUACCAAUCAGUGGAUUCAUCGAGCACUGAUGCAGCUCCUGCAAACCAGAAGUGCCGCCGUAACCGCAAGAUCAUCCAAUUCAACCUUUAUCUGGCCCGGGCAAUGUUCCUGUCCAAGCAUCUUAUGUUUGAGCUCGACGAUGCUACUGUAGAUGGGCUGCGAGUUGCCGAGUUAUAUCUUUUGCUCGACGACAACAACGGUGUGGAUACUCUUGACAGGUACUUUUUUAACAACCUGAAGUGCUUCAACGCGGAUAAGAAUGACGACGAUAUGGAGGCGGAGUGCUUGGAUCCCGACUUCUUCCGCCAAAUCCCCAGCAUUGCGAGCAAAAUCUGAGCAAUAAACACGACUGGGCCACUUGGAUGACUACUCUUUGAUUGUCUGCGCUUCGCCGGCGAAGCGCAUUUUGUAUUUUGCACCCACUUUUUUAUUUUAAUUUUCUGUAUAAUAUUCAAUUUUAGCUUCAUAUUUUAAUUUCUCAAUGCCAUCGACGAUUA